AUGGCUGUAGCCACAACUUCAAAAUGGUCACCCUUUGUUGUAGUGCUGUUGACGUUUUUUGUAGUGAUUGCCGCUGGAGAAAACAAAAUUUUGGCUAAAAAUAUGAAUUUUAAAUUGAAUAGCGGCGAUUUAAUGCCACUCGUAGGCUUUGGAACUUAUCAAAUCCGAGGGACGCAAUUGAUUCACGAUGUUUUGGAUUAUGCUCUUGCAGCAGGUUAUCGCCUUAUAGACACAGCAAAAGUGUACAGGAAUGAAGAGGACAUUGGCAAAGCCUUAAAAGAGCUGUUGCCCAAAUACAAUUUAACUAGAAGCGAUAUUUGGUUAACAAGCAAACUAUCACCAGACGAUCAAGGCGAACAAGCUUAUGAGGCUUUAAAAGAAUCAGUUAAAAACCUGGAUUGUGGUUAUUUGGAUUUGUAUUUGAUUCAUUGGCCUGGCAGUCACGGGGUUAAUGCUUCAAAUGUUAAUAAUUCUCUGUUGAGGGAUGAAAGUUGGAAGCAAAUGACUAAAGGGGUUAAAGAAGGCUUGACUAAAAACAUUGGGGUGUCUAAUUACUUAGUAAGACAUUUAAAAGAGCUACAGGCAAAUAACCAUGGAGUUAAACCUGCAGUUAAUCAAGUUGAAUGGCACCCUCACUAUCAUCCGCAAGAUUUACUAGACUAUUGUCGCGAGGAAGGUAUUAUGUUGCAAACUUAUUCUUCAUUGGGAGGCACCGGAAAUCCUGAUCUAAUCUCAAGCCCAAAAGUAGCAAACAUUGCAACAAAAUUAGGCAAAACUCCUGCACAGGUGCUUUUAAGAUGGGCCUUGCAACAAGAACUCGGAAUUAUACCUAAGGCUAGGUCUGAAGCUCAUAUACGGGAGAAUAUUGAGUUGGAUUUUGUUAUACCUGAAGAGGACAUGACAAUUUUGAAUAGUUUUAGUUUGAAUAAGUAUGCUUGGGAUCCGGAAACGAUUGCUUAA